CAGUCGACUCGUUCUGAAGCCUCCAGGGCCGAGGCCUAGGUAAUUUUGUUGUUGUGAAAAAUUUCCAACCAAUGUCCAUUUUUUUGUGCCCGUUUGGAGCGGGGUCUGGACCUUAUGAGGCAUUUUCGCUGGGGGUAGACUGCGGUAGAAAACCACAAUAGUUGUAAAAGCCAGCAAGUUUUAGGAACUAACGUCAGCGCGAGGAAAUAAGGAUUGAAAAAAUAUGACAUCUCGGAGGUGGUUCCACCCCAAUAUCACGGGGGUGGAGGCUGAGAAUCUGCUGUUGACACGGGGGGUGGACGGGAGCUUCCUGGCCCGACCCAGCAAGAGCAACCCUGGAGACUUCACCCUCUCUGUCAGACGUAACGGAGCUGUCACCCAUAUUAAGAUCCAGAACACAGGGGAUUACUAUGACCUGUACGGGGGGGAGAAGUUUGCCACCCUGGCUGAGCUGGUUCAGUACUACAUGGAGCACCACGGCCAACUCAAGGAGAAGAAUGGAGAUGUCAUCGAGCUCAAAUACCCCCUCAACUGUGCUGACCCCACCUCUGAGAGGUGGUUCCAUGGUCACCUGUCAGGCCGCGAGGCUGAGAAGCUGCUGACAGAGAAGGGGAAAAAUGGUAGUUUCCUGGUCAGAGAGAGCCAGAGCCACCCUGGAGACUUCGUUCUGUCCGUCCGUACCGGUGACGACAAGACAGACAGCAGCGAUGGCAAGCCUAAGGUCACGCACGUCAUGAUCCGCUGCCAGCAUGACCUGAAGUAUGACGUGGGUGGAGGAGAGAAAUUUGAUUCUCUGACAGACCUGGUAGAGCACUAUAAGAAGAACCCCAUGGUGGAGACACUGGGCACGGUGCUGCAACUCAAACAGCCCCUGAACACCACUCGUAUCAACGCAGCGGAGAUCGAGAGUAGAGUGAGAGAGCUUAGUAAACUGGCCGAGGCCACGGACAAGGUCAAACAGGGCUUCUGGGAAGAGUUUGAGACUUUGCAGCAGCAGGAGUGUAAGCUGCUAUACAGCCGCAAGGAGGGACAGAGGGCAGAGAACAAGAACAAGAACCGAUACAAGAACAUUCUUCCCUUUGAUCACACUCGUGUGGUGCUGAACGAUGGGGAUGGAUCUGAGGCUGGUUCUGACUAUAUCAAUGCUAAUCUCAUCAUGGUAGUAACGGACAUCAUGCCGGAGUUGGAGUCCAAGUGUAACAGCACCAAGCCGAAGAAGUCGUACAUCGCCACGCAGGGCUGUCUACAGAACACCAUCAGUGACUUCUGGAGGAUGGUGUUCCAGGAGAACUCCCGGGUCAUCGUCAUGACUACCAAGGAGGUGGAGAGAGGAAAGAGUAAGUGUGUGAAGUACUGGCCAGACAUGUCAGCUCUGAAGGAGUAUGGAAUCAUGCGUGUCCGCAACGUCAAAGAGACGUCCGCUCACGACUACAUCCUGCGAGAACUCAAACUGUCCAAGGUCGGACAGGGUAACACAGAGAGGACAGUGUGGCAGUACCAUUUCAGAGCGUGGCCGGACCAUGGUGUCCCUACAGACCCCGGGGGUGUUCUGGACUUCCUAGAGGAGGUCAACCUCAAACAGGAGAGCAUUCUAGAGGCUGGACCCAUAGUGGUGCACUGCAGUGCUGGUAUCGGGCGGACAGGAACGUUCAUAGUGAUUGACAUCCUCAUUGAUGUCAUCAGGGAAAAAGGAGUGGACUGUGACAUAGACGUUCCUAAGAGCAUCCAGAUGGUUCGUUCCCAGCGGUCUGGGAUGGUUCAGACUGAGGCCCAGUACAGGUUCAUCUACAUGGCUGUCCAGCACUACAUAGAGACACUGCAGAGACGCAUAGAGGAGGAACAGAAGAGUAAAAUAAAGGGGAGGGAGUACACCAACAUUAAGUAUUCUCUAUCUGACCUGACGGGUGGAGACCAGCUGCAGAGCCCUCUGCCUCCCUGCACCCCCAGCCCCACCCCCAACUGCACAGAGAUGAGGGAGGACAGCUCUAGAGUGUAUGAGAACGUCGGUCUGAUGCAGCAGCAGAAGAGCUACAGAUGAGAUUCACCUUUGACCCCCACGCUGUCCCAGGAAUCUGUUAAAUUUUUGUUGCCAGCUGCACCUGAACACCUGAGACGUGAUCACGAUGACUACACGGAAAAGAAGAAAACGUAAAAUAACGAAAAACAAAAAUCUGAGAGAGGUCUGAGAGAACCGAGACUAACGGAGGGUUUUUUGUUCCCUUCCUCCUCUCCUGCUCCUUAUCCUCGUCCGCCCUUUCUCUCCAGGAACAGUAGCCCUCUAGUCCCCUAAACCACUGUGAUUAUCUGGAGAGCCCUAACGAGCUUAAUGACAGAACUUAAUAACAAGCCUAAAGCCCUAAACUUAACCUCAGCCUGAGUUUAGACCUUCUCAGACCAGACCCAGGCUGCUCUGUUCUCAGCUCACUAGAGGGAGAAUAACCUAGCUUACCUGUUCUGUUUGUCAUUAUUCCACCAUCUCUUUUUGGCAUGAUUUUUUCUUCUGUCUUGUUUCUUAUUAACCAAAGGAAAGAAAUGCAUCGAUCGUUUGUUUAUUGGGAAGUAGUGAGAUGAGUGAGCCCUUCUCAGAUUUGAGAAAAAAGGCCUGUGCCAAAAUGGUUUCAUCCAACAUCUCGGCCAACAGUGGUCUCCCUCUGCCCGGUUAAACCAGAGUGUGGGGGAGGACACUGUUUGCAGAGAAAAAAGGGAUACUUCCAGUGGUAAUAUUGUUUUCAUUUUUUUGUAUCAUGUUUUCUGUUACUGAAGGAAGAAUUCUGGGUAUUGUAGUGAUGUUAUUUUUUAAAUCUUCACCCCCCUCAAACUAGAGUCCCAAUAACUUCCCAGUGGAUUUCUAUUCAGGAUGUUGGGGAGGAUUUUUUUGUUGUCUUUUUAAAGGCAUAUUUUUUGGUUUAUUUUUAUUACAUGUUUUUGUUGACAUGUUUUUGUUGUUGCCACAGUGAUACUCAGUCUCCCUUGGUUACCAUUCCCAAACUCGCACCCGAUAACCUUAACGCCGCAUUCACAUAGCACCGCAACAGCUACAGCACAAGCCUUGUACCUUGGGUGGAAUUGGCGGCUAGAACUCCCAGGGUGCCUUCUGUUCCCACUAAGCACUAAUGUGGGGUCUGAGGGUUGUUUCUGGAGGUGUGGUCGCCUCGCCCCAUACUGUUCGUAAGUGCUGUUAUAACAACGAACAGAAGAGUUGUCUACAGCCCCGACAGUGGGGGACGAGAUUAGAGGUAGGGUGCUUCCUCCCAGGCGCUUCUGUUCCAAUGUUACUGUGGAAACUGUUUCAGAGUUUCUGGGGUAACUUGUUGUUUAUGCCAGUCCGCCUAGCAACAUGCAUCGACACUGAGAUGCGGCUGCCCCAAAAAGUUUUACGUUAUUUCUUUUUUCAACAAACAUAAUGAUACUAUUGCAUUUUGUGUUUUUUUUUCUUUUUCUGUUCUUUUUAAAGAUGGAUGCCUAUUGUGUACUUUUGAAGCACCACAUAAACUUAAUUUUCUCGGUUUCGAGAAGCUACCGCACAUUUUUGAUUUCUGGCAAUUUUAGUUUUCAUUGUCGUGGUUGCCAUGGAAACUACAGGUCCACUGUUGGUUGGCCGGAUUUAACUUGAUAGGUUAAAAGGAGUGCCUGGUCACUCUCUCUCACAGACACACACACACACACACACACACACACACACACACACACACACACACACACACACACACACACACACACACACACACACACACACACACACACACACACACACACACACACACACACACACACACACACACACACACACACACACACACACACACACACACACACACACAAUUGCAAUCAGCUACAAUUCCUUUGUUCUACAUUUAUGUUUCACGGUUGAACAUGCAGCUUCAGUCUCUGUUUAUUAUUUUGCUAGGUGCAUCACACUAAACCACAUUACUUUCUCGAUCUGUUGUCCAUAUGAAACUAAGUGCUUAUUGUCGACUACAGUAUUCUGGAAAGGGUUGUUCCCAGGUUGAUAUAUUAAUUUAAUAUAUGUGUUUUGUAUGUACAUUAUUACCAUGAUAAAGUAUCUACCCAUUUCAUUUCAAAUGUGUAACAUAACGUUAGCUUUUUCGCCAACACGCCUCCCCUUCUACACAUUUGAUUACUGUUUUAAAGGUUGUUUUUUUGUUUUGUUUUUUUACAUUGCAGCUCGUUUCCUAUAUAGUGCAGUGCAGUGUUAAUGGCCAGAGCCUUAUGAGGCCAGAAGUAGUAACCUAUAUAGGAAAUAUGGUGCCAUUUCAGGGAGGGUUGAGGAGGAAGUUGUGAUAUUCUGUAUGUCCAGGGUUAUGUUCUCAUUCAUUCCCCUUUUCCCUAAAGUGUGCACUUGUUCACUCCCCCUCGUUGUAUUUUUUUUUUUUUUUUUUGGAUUGGUCUGUGUAAGUUUGCUGUCUUGGCGAUGAGGGAGAUCUAGAACGUUCCUUUUCUCAGCCUCUCUGGGGCUCCAGGUACAAGUUACCCCUAAGCACUGAUCUAGGAUCAGCUUUGCCGCCCCAAGACCUAAGCUUGACCAUUCGGAGGAAACCUAUUCAACUGACUAGAUCAAUGUCUAAGGGCAACUUCAUCCUAUUCUGGGGAGUUGUUCUUCUGAAUGGGUAGUUUGUUUCUCUCCUUUGACUGAGUUCGGGGAUCCUUAGUAUCUACUGUGCUGUGUGUCGUGAGCCCGUUCAUUGUACUGUAGGGUGUGUUUGUCGGACACUAGUCUGUGGCGUGCUUCUGGUGUUUAUGUAUCGUGGUGUGUUAGGAUUUGAGAGGGUGUGUGCGUGAGAGAGGGUGUGUGCGUGAGAGAGGGUGCGUGUCCAGAGAAUACUGGUGUUUCAGCUGCCUGCUCAUCGAUGCCUGGUCAUCUCUUCUGGAUUCUGUUUUCCUCUGAUCGCGAUGAAAUGGCUUUUUUUCUCUCGUUUCCUGUUUUGUUUCUGUCACGUAAAGCGUUUACAUGCAUAGAUAUGCCUCCCUAUGCAUAUGCAUUACAUGUGUUGGUUAUACUCUGAGAAACCAGUGCUCUUCAGUCUCACCUCCAUACUUAACCUGAAAACACUUUAAUGUGAACUUCUGUCAACCCUGACAGCAUACAACAACAAAAAAAGGAAAAAUGUUGAACUCAAUGCAAACAAACGAAACAAACUAUAUUUUUUAACUUGUAUAUUGUACAUUAAUAUCUUGUAGAGGAGAAUGUACUUACUAAACAUAUCUAAUUGCCAAUAAGAUGAACUGUCUGUGUAAUCUAAUAGCUCUCUACCCUGUGUCGUGGAGUUGGAGCUUUCUCACAAAGCUUAAGAGGUUUAUCGUAUUGUAUUUCAUUGCAGGUAACCUGGGUAACUUCCUUGAUAACGAUAAUAAACGGCAGUGUUCAUGCCUCAAAACGUU